GGGUCGCAUAGAAACAAAAACAUCUCCGCGAGCCUUUUGCUUUUACAAUACAAAUUACAGACAGGCAUCAGUAAAGACAGCUAAAUAUUGUGUCACGGGUCCUUUGGGCGUCCCCGUUGCAUAGAAACAAAAACAUCUCCGUGAGACUUUUGCCUUUACAUUACUAAUUACUGACAGCUUUUGGGAUAUUUAACAAUAAUAUAUAUCAGGCUAUAUAGAUAAUAUACUCAAUGAUAAUAGUCGGGACGUCGUACCAAAACGUGGUCGGUGGAGAGUAGGUCCAAGAAGAAGGGCAACAAUGGCCGGGGACGACGACGUCCCCGAGUUGGAGCAACAGGUGAAGAUCAUCUGUUUGGGAGACAGCGCCGUUGGCAAGUCCAAGCUGAUGCAGAGGUUUCUCCUUGACGAAUAUCGUCCACAGCCGAUUUCAACGUACGCCUUGAAUCUCUACAAACACAUCGCCAAGGUGGCCAACAAGACCGUAGCAGUGGACUUCUGGGACACAGCCGGUCAGGAGAGAUUUCAGAAGAUGCACCCAUCGUACUACCACAACGCUCACGCCUGCAUCAUGGUGUUUGAUGUCCAGAGGAAGAUAACAUAUAAGAAUCUGUCCAACUGGUAUACGGAGCUGAGAGAGUACCGGCCUGAGAUCCCCUGUUGUGUGGUGGCCAACAAAAUUGAUGUUCAUCUCGAAGUGACACAACGAAGCUACAACUUUGCCAAGAAGCAAGGGCUCCCGUUUUACUUUGUGUCCGCAGCAGAUGGCACUAACGUCGUAAAGAUGUUCAGGGAGAUGAUCAAGAGAGCCAUGGAAUACAAGCAAAACCCCAGGGAUUUUGUGGAUGAAGUCAUGCAAGAAUUAGAGAACUUUAAGCUGGAAAAGAACGACGCUACUUCGGACUCGGAAGUUGACAAAGUAAAGCGGGAGAGCCCCGAGUUGCCCUGACAAAGUUUCUUGAGUUAAGUAUACGUCUUGCCAAUAGAAUGUACUUUUAAUCUUAUGACAAGACUUGUGUUGUCAAUAGUUUGUAACUUGCUCUUUUAUGUGAAGAACAUUAAAUGUUUGCUUAAGAGCUAUACAGCAUUUAUGAUGAAUGGGAACCACUCAGAGCAAAGAAAAGACAUCUUUUGUGAUUUUGAUGAUGUCGUGCAGCGCCCGCACAUUUGUAUGCUUUAGGUUUGCCUUUAAAUGAAAAGUCAAUGAAUCAAAUAGUCCUGCCUGAAGCAGCAGCGUUGUCAUACAUAUUUAAUACAACUGUACCGUCUUGUCCAGUGUGAAAUGUGAAUAAAUCUGAGACGCUGA